AUGCCCCUGGGUCGCAGUGCCCAUCUCUCCGUCAGAGGACAUGGCUUGAAGGUGAAGGUCCACACCUUUCGAAGAAGCUUGAGCCAGUUUCGCGUGAUCGAACAUGAAGUGCGCACUCAACAUACGCGCCACUGGCCGAGGGGUACAGAGGUUGGCUGUGAAAACGCCUUGAGGCUCUCUGUCAAGCAAUAUAUUCCCCAUGAACGCAGGAAUCCGGUGCCAAGCGACAUCACCUUUAUCGCUGCACAUGCCAAUGGCUUUCCCAAGGAGCUAUAUGAGCCGCUGUUUGACGACCUCUACACCAAACUAAGAGCUGUCGGGGGCGGCAUCCGCGCAAUAUGGAUUGCCGACCUUGCUCACCAGGGGAAGAGCUAUAUCCUCAAUGAAAAAGCUUUGGGCAAUGAUCCAAACUGGUGGGAUGGUGCCAGAGACUUUCUUUUUCUGAUCAACCAGAAGCAAGAUGAGUUGCCUCAGCCACUUGUAGGGAUUGGGCAUAGCAUGGGAGCGUCGCAAUUGGCGCAGCUCUCACUUCUUCAUCCUAGGCUGUUGCAGGCAUUAAUUCUCAUUGACCCGGUCAUACAGACUGAGAAUCCUAGCAAGACAUUCGCUAAACCGUCCACCUAUCGUCGAGAUAUCUGGCCAUCCCGUCAAGAAGCCCGGGCAAAGUUCGCGAGCAGCAAGUUCUAUCAGGCCUGGGACCCGAGGGUCUUUGAGAAGUGGGUGCAAUAUGGUCUCCGGGAUCUACCCACGGAACUCUAUCCAGAAAGGAACGAGAGCGAGGAACCGGGCGUGACGUUAACCACCCCCAAGUCUCAAGAGGUCUUCUCUUAUCUGAGACCGAAAUAUAACGGUACUCCGGGUAUUGCACCUGAGAGGGAUCGGGCCGUGUAUGGGGAUAUGCACCCGGAGGAUGUGGAGGAGGGGUAUCCCUUCUAUCGCCCUGAGCCCGCCGAAAUAUUCCGCCGGCUUCCCGAGCUGAAGCCACCUGUCUUAGAAUCUCUCUGGAACGAAGCAGAUAUCGAGUCGAGCUCGGCAGAUGAGACAGCCUUGCGAGAAGGCGCCAGCCUUGUGGCUGGGACUGCCGCGGCUGCGUCGUCGGGUUCGGAAAAACAGUUGUUCCGCGCCUGCCAACCGCCCGCCGCAUUCCGUGACUCCUUUCAAGUUUUGCACCUUCGAGAUGUCCCGCCUCACCAUAGUUCCAGUACACGACCGCAUUACAGCAUCAACCGCGCUUUUCGAGUCGCUUGGGAACCUCACCGAGAUGUGCUGUACAAGCUCUACAUCGAGGACAGAAAGUCCCUCGAGGAGAUUAUGCAGUACAUGCGAGAAGCUACCAACUUCACCCCCUCCAAGCGCGCUUUCCAGACACAAUUCAAGAGGUGGGGAUUUCCGUCGAAACGCAAACCAUCGUUUCGCGAUGAGGACUUGGUCGAUCGUGUGAGACAGCUAUGGGAGGCAAACUACAGCCAACGCGAUAUGCUUCAUACUCUUCAAGCCGAAGGCCAUGACAUCAAGGAACGCGAACUAAUGAGACUGCGUGCUAAGAACCGCUGGCUCAUGCGCAUUCCCAACGGUGCCAAGCCAACAGCCGCUGAUGAGACGGAACCUCGUCUCGAAGGGCAGUUGAUCGAGGGUGCGAACACUGACGAAAGCAUCGCUCAACCAGAACAACAUCCAGUGCCGGAUGAUCCGCCACCGGAUUUUGUGGAGCGCCAAAAGGAGAGACUUCAAGAACUCCAAGCCAUCAGUGACCAGCGCUGGAGAGAAAAGAAACGUCGUCGUCGAACCAAAGGGUAUGCAGGUCUUCCACCCGAUCCCGCAGGCAUGCCACCGCGUUUCCCCUCUGAGACCACACUUGAGGAAAGCAGGGAGAUAUUGGGUCUUGAUCCCAGACAAUAUCGGGCUAUUCGCGAUCAGUUCCAGUCGAUUUGUGAUGAGGAGCAAAUUAUGCAAAAGACAGUUGCUGGAAUAGAGAAAUGGCAAGCCGUCAAGGAUCGACUGGUUCGCGAAAAUACCCUGUUACAGGCUGUGAUGUGGCACGACACCAGGAAUCUUCAAUCCAAAGAGCUCGCACUGGACGUUAUCUGCACUGAUGUCACGAAGCGAAUCCGGACCCUAGGUCGUAGAUUGACCAUCUUGGAGUCCAAGAAGGUGCUGGGCUUGAAUCCGGAUCAAAGUCGACAAGUCCGCGGCGAAUUCUACGAGAUCCUCGAAUCGGAGUAUUACACCAGCAAACUCGAGAUGGGACCGGCAAAGUGGAAGGAACUCAAAGAUCGCUGGAUUGCCGGCAACGCAUAUCUCCAGAGCGUCCUCGCACCGGGCGAGAACGACCCCACGCAUAACCGAAAGCUCGCCGCAAUGGAACUCUUGUGUCGGGAUGUGAUGAAGCGUGUGCGAGACGACCGGGCGAAGAGGAAGGGCACUUUUAGGAAAAAGCCCGUUCACCCUUUGACCCUUGCGGCGGACUCUGCGCUCCAACCACCUGCACCGCCAGGCGCUCCCGCACCGGCCCCUGCCACCAGCGCGUACCGCGAUGCUCUGCCUGCGAUGCCAUAUGGUGAUGUACAAACCGCGGCACCGCAAAACGAUUUGUCAGACCUUCAAAUCGACCCCAACCUGUUGCAGGUGGCGGAUCAUUUGGGCACCCCACAGAUCUCGAGCGUGACACCUGCGUAUGUCCGUCCACACCCUAACUCGAGCAUUUACACGACUACGAAACUCUGGCUCGGGUCGUUGACCGGCCGCACUGUUCGGGAGCUCCAUGCAAUGAUCGCAGCCAGGUAUCCCAAUGCAAGAGCGGAACAAAUCUACGGGGUUGAGAAGGAUGCCGUGGGCAACGAGAUUCCGUGCCUCAUCGAGGAAGAUGAUGAGUUGGAUGCGUAUCUCGACCACGUCCAAGGACGCAAGGCUGUGUUUCUGGCGCUGCUUAGGAGAGCUUGA